AAUCUGCAUCCAAUUGAAAACAUUAAUUAAUUUUAUUUUUCAGGUGUUUUGAUGUUGACAAAUAAUUACAUGAAAAUGUCAUCAUAAAAUCAUGUCUCCUAAUCCUGUAAUCGAAUUUGCGUUCACAAAUGUUCAAGUAGGUAAUGGCAGGUGUUUAACUGCCACUUGCAAAUUUUGUACCACUGGUAAAAAAACUGUAAGUUUUUACCAAAAUAGCUGUGGAAACCUGAUUCGGCAUUUGAAGCGUCAUCACAUUAAUGCUUAUCGUAUGUACUUCAAUAAAUAUGUUAAAAAUAAGUUAUCAAGUGUGAAACCAGUAAUCCAAUUCAAAUCGUUGACAGUUGCAUCACCUAACAUUGAGACAACUAGCUCUAUUACAUCUCGUCUCCCCAUGCAUGCAACCUCAUGCACUUCAUCUUGCAAUACCAUUGCCCCUUGUGGCAAAACCCAGCUCCCACAAAGCACUGUUUCAUGUGAUGCAACCCAGCUCCAAAGUAGCGCAUCUUCCUUUGAUGCAACUCAGCUGCCACGUAGUGCAACUUCAUGUGAUGCAACCCAGCUUCCACUUAGCACAAAUUCCUUUGACGCAACUUGGCUGCAAGGUAGCGCAACUUUAUGUAAUGCAACCCAGCUCCCAUGUAACAAAAAUUUCUUUGAUGCAACUCAGCUGCAACAUAGUGCAACUUCAUGUUAUGCUAUCCAGCUUCCACAUAGCGCAAUUUCCUUCGAUGCAACUCAGCUGCAAUGUAGCGCAGCUUCAUGUGACGCAACCCAGCUCCCAUGGAGCAAAACUUCCUUUGAGGCAACUCAGCUGCAACGUAGUGCAACUUCAUGUGCUGCAACCCAACUUCCACAUAGCGCAAGUUCCUUUGACGUAACUCAGUUGCCACAUAGUGCAACUUCGUGUAACGCAAACCAGCUACCACAUAGCGCAGCUUCAUUUGACACAACCCUGCUCCCAAAUGAGAAAAUUUUAUCUACUUCUGAACUACGUCUUCCUCAUUCAACUACGUCAUUUGUUCCACCUAUGGUGCAAAUUCCUACCAAAGUCGGCAAGUCAUCUGCAUCAGCAAGAGGAACAGUUGGGCAAAUGCCGAUAUGCAAACCUCAGUGCUCAGCCUGUGCGUUGCUUCUAUGCGCUAGAAAGUUUUAUUGUGCUUCUCUGCAAGCAGCAUUGCAAGAAUGUAAACAUGAAAAUGAUUGUUGUUGUAAAACAAUGUACAAUGGAUUUAUUAUUGAAGCAUGUGAAGAGACAAAUCUCUCAAAGAGCAUUGUCACAAAAAAGAAUGACAAAAGCUUUGUUUCACAAUAUGACUGCGAAAAAGAUGUCUUUACUCAUUACUGUAAGGUGUGCCUAAGUCACCAAAAUCCUUUAAAACAUUGUAAGAGUGGAGAAUCUUGGUGUGAUGGGAUGACCUUCACAGAAACCAGAAGCAAGAAUGCAGCCAAGAAGAGGCACUUGCUAAGCGUUCAGCACCAAGAAGCUCUCAAAUUCAGCAGGUGUGAAGAUAAACAACAGAUGAAACUCAAACGUCCAACCACCGAUGAGUGCAAAAAUGCUACUAAGAAUUCAAUGGUAGCUGGUAUAUUCAUGGCUACCAAUUCAUUGUCAUUUAGACUAUAUCCAGCAUUGUGCACGCUACUUGCCAUUAUUUGCCCACCACAUUUGAGCCAUCCUUUGGGCAACCAACAUCACACGCACACGGCAGUUCAAAACAUAAUGCAUGCCAAUUACCGAGCCUGUGCCAUCACAAUGAAGAACCAUUUUUCUCAAAUCUUUCCAGCCACAAAGAGUACUAGAAAAUUCAUGAUUAGUUGUGACAAAGGGACUGCUCCCAAGGAUGUCUCUCGUCAAGUGAUUGUUGCAUCGUACAUUGCUGACAAUGGACUACCAAAAGAAGUUCUUCUAUGUGUUUCAAUGCUACAGCAAGGGGAUGCAAUGGCAACAACAAAUCAUGUGAAAGAAACUGUGGCAUUAUUCAUGGAGCCAUCUUCAGUUGCUUUCAUUUGCACUGACAAAGCUUCUGUGUACACUGAAGAGAAAGGCAGCCUCAUUGACCUGCUCAAAGCCUCUGAUGGAUAUCACAAAUUGAUUGGACUCCCCGAUUUUUGUCAUAAAGUUGAAAAUUUGUUGAACAGAACCAUGCCAAAAUGGGUCAGUGAUACGUUAACCAUGUGCAGAUCUGUUGUAGCAUUCAUUAAUGAUCACAAUAUUGUUAAAAAUCAUGUUCACAACUUCAUCAAUGUUGUUCGCGGAACCACUUUUACUGCUAUCCCAAAUCAAUGUGACACUCAUUUUACUGAAUAUCUUCACUAUUAUUUAGAUGCAAUUUUGAAGAACAUCCACAUUUUAUUUCAAGCUCUACCAGUAUUGAUGAAUGAUGCAAAUGCCCUUGGAGAAAAUGCUAAAAGAAUUUUAAAACUUGUUGCAAAUGAAUCUUUCGUUGUAAGAGCGAUGAUGAUCCGACAAGUCUACAAAACCAUCUCCAGCAAGGAAAAAUUGGCCAAAGACUCCUGCUUUGGACCAUUUGACUACAAACACCAAGUAGAAAGCAUCAAACCUGACUUAAAUGAGUUAAAGUCACUUUCUCCUGAGAUUAAAAGCUUUUUGAACGAUGGAAAUCUUAAAUUCAUCUCUGAUACCAAUUAUGCUACAGACGGCCACGAUGUGCUUUUGGAAGAGGUAAUUUCAAAUCUGGACCUGAAAACAAGAAACAAAGUUGAACGAUCAAGAGAUACUGUGAUUUCACUAACUGAAGAAAAUUCAAAAUGGAUCGAAGAAAUUUGUAAUGAAGCUCCCAACUAUCUAGUAAUCCCCACUCCUAUUCGUCUUGCAACAGAUUUAUUUUCGAUUCACAAAAACAAACAUUCUGCAUCCAUAAAAAACCUUUUUGAUUCUGUGAACAUAAAAUUUGAAUCAUGUGAUGAUGAAUGCAAAGGAUUUCUUGAGUGCACUUGCUUAGAAAAUGAUUACUUGAAAUUCAUGGAAAUUUUUCGAAGCGAGUGGCAAGCUGGAGCCAACAACAAACUGAUCAAACACGGAAGUGAGACUUUACAAUCCUAUACUGAAGCAUUCGCUCAUUAUAUCAGCAGUAACAACGACAAAUCCAAGUAUCCAGUCAACAUCAUUCGUUGCCUUGAAAUCAUCCAGCUCAUGAAGCCAACUCUGUCUGCCACAGAGAGAGUGAUGUCACAUGUUGCCAAUACUGUUCACAAUCUAUUUGACUCUAAGUAUGUGUACAAGACAGAACCUGAUGAGAAAGAUUUAAUUGAUAAUGUGAAUAAUGAAGUUUUUUUAAAGUGCAAUACCAACAUGGUUCAACAUGAUGCUGAUCUUGCACGAACCAUUUUUCUAAGUGAUAAUCAUAGAGAAUGUUUGAUGAAAACAAAGAAGUGUACUGUAAAAAGUAAAACAAUCUCAAAUUACAUCGAGGAACUUGGCAGUGACGUCAUGAAGCGUAAUUUGCCCAAGCAAUGUCUGGUUCUUGAUCAGAAGAAAGUGGGCAGCAAAAAAAGAAAAAUUGAUUCUUGGUUAACAAAAAAAUCGGAACAUGAAGUCCCUUCUUCAUCCAAUUCUGACUCAGUCCUUCCUUCUUCAACAAAUGAAGCAGCCAUUGUACAACCAGAAGAAGUUAUAAUGCAUGCAUCUACGUAGGCAAACAAAGUAGUUGACAUCAGCUGUGCAAUAUCGCUAUCUUCCAGUUCCUUACCCGUAUUUUUAACAUCUCCAUCUCCACAGCCUCUAACCCAUCCAUUAGUAAAAAUACAAUAAUUAUUCCAAUCCUUCAACCGGGCAAACCUGGAAACCAGGGCUAUUCAUACCGUCCUAUCUCCCUCUGCCCUGCAGCCAAGAUCCUAGAGUGUCUUGUGCUCCCAUUCAUCUCAAGAUCUCUCACCACCAUCUCCUCACUACACGGUUUCAAACCGCGACACUCCUCAGUCACAGUGUCGACCACCCUCUCCUUCUAAGCAUGAUCGCAGCCUUUGACCUACAUCACAACUUGGUCUGCUGGCUGUGCUGCUACCUCAGAGGCAGGCAUUCAUCUUGUCUCUACCUCAGAACACAAUUGCUUUUCAGAGCUAUUCACUCAGGCAUUCCCCAUGGCUUGGUCAUCUUGCCAGCCCUCUUUAACCAUGUCAUCUCUGAUAUGCCAGUGCCAAUCCCCAACAUUGCCUCUAAAUCCCAACAUUGUCUCAAAUUGGUGGGCUGCCAAGUAACUGGGCAUGGCUCCUGGCAAGACCUUGGUCAUGCUCUUCACCCCAGAUACUCACCAAUGCUGAUCCCACCCAUCUGCCACCAUCUGCAACGGCAUCAUCCCACUGGACAAAACCCCCAAAAUCUUAGUUGUCACCUGGGAUACACACUUCAAGUUCUCCCCUCGUGUAAGAGCCAUAGCCACAAAAGCAAUGGGAUCUCUUUGCCUCUUGAAAGCCCUUGCUGGUACCAACUGGGGCUUCUCCAAGGAAGACAUUAUUGCCACCCACCAAACCAUCACGCACCCAAUCCUGAACUACGCGGCCCCAAUCUGGUACCCUGUUGCUGUACGCACAGCUAUUGCUAGCCUUCAAACCAUACAAAACACUGCACUGAGAUUAGCCACCGGCUGCCUCAAAAUGGCCCUGAUUGCCCAUCUUCUCCAGGAGACCGGCGUCCUCCCAUUGUCCGCUCACCUGGUCCUGGCUUGUGCCCAGUUCCUCGCCAGCGCUCUCCAGCCCUCCCAUACCUCAUUCCGCUUUGCUUCUGCUCCCCUUGGGGACCGCCCCAUGAAAGCCUCUGACCAGUCGAGGUUCGGCCAACUUUUCACACCAUUCUUUGCUAAAGAUAUCAUGCCUGCCAGUCCCUAUGGAGAGGCCAAGCAGUCCCUCCGCAGGGAGAUCGCCUCCUGCAUUGCGGCGGCUGAUGCUGUCAACGCCAUCCUUGCAGCCCCACCUGAUUGCAUCAGUGGAGGCCUCACUCCCUUGUCUUUACCAUUCGGCGCUAUCCCAGCUCCAUUUGGGAUACUGGAGCUCCAUGGCGCCCUACUUUCCUAGGAUCAAUUGCUCCCCUAGCUCCGCCUGCCUGGAUAGUGGGGAUCCCCUCCAGUCCGUCCAGCAUCUCUUUGCCUGUGACGCCUUCCCCACAUACCUCAGCAUCUCACUGUGGGACAGCCCCAUGGAAGCAGUGGCAUUCCUGGCCGCCCUCCCUGCCUUUGCCCAUCUCCCCCCUCUUCUGAUGCCUUCCCCCCCAACCACCACCUGAGCCACUCCCCCAGCAAGCGUGAAUCUGGUUGCAACUAACAACAAAUAUUGCUACAACCAGAAGAAUGUCAAGAAAGCCUGGUCGACAGUGCCUCAUAUAAUGUAGAAACUUGAAAGAACAGUAGUAACGAACAAACUGCAAGUGUACUGCAUGUGUGAAAUAAGUAGUGACGAACGAGAUAGAAAGAGAGGUAGAACUUCUACAUGGAUUUGGUGUGCUAAUAUGAAGACAUGUGAAUCGUAUCUCGAUCAUUUGGCUGCCAAGAAUGUUGAAGGAGCUGACUGAUUCCACCUGAAAUGCUUAAAAAUGAACAAACUGCCUGCUAACCACUGGAUGUGUAGUAGAUGUCGCAAUAAAAAAACUACAAACUUGGGGCAUAAGUUUGAUUGGGAAAAAUACCUAGGGUACAGCUUCAACGAGUUGACUGUACUAAUUUGUCGUCACUUAAAUUCACGCUCUCCAUUUUUUCAUGGUUUACUAACAUCAUACAAAGACAUAGUUUGUAUGCAAUCCGGACCGCAUUCGUUUGAGCUGGUUGGGAGUUGGAUGCUUACGUAUCUUCCAAAUUGGCUUCAGAAUCAAGAGUGCGUCUUUUACCGGCUGCAACGUUGUGCAGCCUCCUCAAGAUCUCCUUUGCUCAUCCGAGAGUGACGUGUCUCUACUGGCUACCUACCUCAUACCGGGCACAACGAUCUCCCUUGCUCAUCGAUACGACGAUGCCGAAAAUACGUCGGCCUCACAAAACUGCUCUGGCCACUGUUCUCGUGAAGAACAUCACUUCGAGAACGGCAGAAAAUGAUCUGCAUCAUCUCUUUCGAUGUUACAGCGAAGCCAUCGCCGAUGUCUACAUUCCUAAGAACAGCUUGACUGGAGCUAGCGAAGCCACCGCUCAAGUCAGAUUCUACUACGUUGACGCCGCAAGGGACGCUAUCGUGGCCCUGGAUGGCUGCAGGCUUGACGGUAACGUGCUAGAAUUGCUCCUCGACCACCUGCCCAGGAGCCUCGCGGAAGCAGGGAGUUGACACAACGUCAGGAAUGCACGAGACGCUGAGAAUGGAUGCCAGCACUCAACGUGCCCCAACAAAUGAAGAGGCUCAAAAACUCCACCUAGGAGCGUGAAAAGCUUCUCAUGGCCAGCAUAACUCGACACAACGGCAAAUAAUAUCCUUGUUAUAGGCAUAGAUUUUAUUAAAUUGAUGAAUAUGCAUGCUCUAGUUGGUACAUUAAAUAAAUAGUAACAAAAAUGACGCAUCUUAUGGUGGAAAAAAAAUGUUUCUAGAUCUAAUCAUUUUAUACAUUAUCUAUAAAUCAAUUGAAUGCCAUGGGGGCGUCAACGUAAUUACGUUAAAUACCACGAGUUUUCCUAAAAGUUUUUGUAUAUACUUCUAUUGGCCAAAUGACUGUGAUAAUUUCGUGAAUAAAUGAAAUAUAAAACAAUGACAUUCACUGUACCUACACAAACCUUUUAAAUUUGCAGAAAAUCACCGUACAGUAUUGCACAUAUUCACACUUCGAGGUUUGGUUCAUGGAUGAAGAAUUAAAUUACAGAUUUUGUAGCAAUAAGAUUUCGAACACAAUAACCAACCUCGAUGCACAUUUGUUUCUCAUGCUUUACUUUUAAAUUCACUAAGCUGAUGAUGACAACCGAUGCCAUGGAUAGAAAACAAUAGGUUGGCCUACUAAUCUAAUAAUAUCUCAGUGUGGGGUCAUAUUUAGAUAGAAAAGCUAUCACCAUUCUGAACUCACGGCCACUAAUGAAAAUGAUACAAUUUAUGAAUGGAAACAUUCUGGUAAGAUUUACUUGACUGUGACAAUUGUGGCAAGUUUCAUAUGUGACAAUAUGCCUUUUUCCUAUUAUAUCGUUUUAGUGACGAAUGACUAAUGGAUCGCUUACGUUGAUUGCCUUGUGCAAGCAGCGAUAACAAAGAAGGUGAAGGAAUGAAGUAGGGCUCGAUCAGGCAUAGCACGACCGUUUGCUUCACGAAUUUCAAGAUUUUUUCUUGCCUUCCGUGAUUAACCUCUGUAAAUCAUCCUGAAAAAGUGCGUAAGUUAGUUACGGAAAGAAGCAUCUACGAUAUCUUUCAAUUUAAAAAAUUAAGAAAUCCUAUCCCUGCCGUCGCUAUUACGGUGCUCACAAAUCUGCCAGGAAAUAGCAACUACUUACUAACUAAACUUCAAUUAAAACUGUCAUAUUCACCAGAAAACGUCCCUUAUUUCACGUGAUGCUCAAUCUAAUACUUUCAUUCCGUCCUGGCUUAAGCCAUAAUUUCUCGUUACCCGAGUGCCAUGCCCACAACGGAAAUGCUACGCGACGGUCAUCAGUCCGUCUUUACGUCCUGACAACAACGCACCUGCCAGCCCAGCUGCCGAGCAAGGGUGAAGCAUCCAUCGUCGCAGUCGCCGAUGAGCGCGACGUCGCGCUUGUUUUUUGACGGCUGGAAUGCUUGCCCCUUUCCUGUAAUUUUAGACAUUUUUUAUAAU